UGUCCUUAGCCUAACAUUCAUUUCAGUCAUUUCAAUCUUGUAGGUUAAUGUCUGAAAAAAAAAAAAGCUUAUCAGAUUUUGAUUAUUUGAGUGUAUAAAUAGUGAGCAGAGCAUGCAGCUCAGUGAAGGUCAGGCUGAAACCACACUCCAUAUUUCUCUCCUGGCUGCUUUGCAAGAGGGACAUCAAGGCUAUUCUUCACUAUGGCACUGUUUGGGAAAGUCCUGGAACCAGUUGGCUUCAUGCAGACCAUGAAAGGCCUCGUCCAGGGUAUCUGCUCCUGCCUUGGUGACAGUGCAAAUCCUGAGGACACAGACCUGGUGAAGAAGAAUCUGGACCACAUAGACCAGGAGCUGAGCUCCUUUGGACCCGGUUUGAUCCACGACACGGAGGUCCACCGUCUGGAGGACGACCUGGUGGUGGUUUACAACCAGCUGGGAACCACGAUUCGGGCCCAGCCGGACUUCACUAAGCGGGAGAAGGAGGUGUUUCUAGAGUACGUGAGGGAACACCAGCUGGAGAGGCAGCUGACCGCGCUCUACAGCCGCAUGAUGGGCAUCUCUGCGCUGACGGACCAGCCCACUCUGCUGGAGGAGCUCGUUCAGAACCGACGACCCAAACGCUGGGAGAUGAGGGAGUUCUGCGUCAAGGUGAACUUUGUUCUGGGCACCGGGCUUCUCUGCCUCUUCACCCAGGCGGCGCUGGUGGGCCGAGACCAGGCCUUGCUCAUGAAGACCUGGUCCGACCGCAUGGGGGAGCUGUACCGCAAGAUGAAGACCACUGGAGGGCGCUGCUCGGGCUACUUCCUGGAGCAGGCCAAGGAGGACAUCCUGCAGCAGGUGCAGGAGGCACUGCGCGACGGUAAACCUCCAGAGGAGCAGGCCGAGGGCAUCCUGAAGACGCUCGAGCGCAACUACGACUGGAUGCGCUGGGCUGUGAUGGUGCACCCGGCUGUAGGCUUCUGGAAGGAGGACGAGGCGGCUGGGGAGGUGCCCUCUCAGGAGAUGGUCGAAACGGGGGAGGAGGAGGGAGGCGAAGGGAAGGAGCCCUCUUCCACCACCACCACCACCACCGUGGCGCCUCCGAACAACUUCCUGGCGGUCCGCACCAGCGCCCAAUCACCGCCAUGCCCGCAUGUGGUGGCCUGCUACCGGGACACGCCAAGCUCCCUUGACAAGGCCCGCAUCCACCAGCUGAUCGUGGACCUGGAGUGGAAGAUCCCCAACCCACCACUCGAGGUGUAUGCCGCCCUGGAGGACGAGCCGGAGAAGGCGCGCCUCUACCUGGCCUCCCGCAUGCUCAGGAAGCUGCAGGAGGGGCUAGGCCCGGGCGUGGCCGUCCACGUGGUGCCUGGCAAGAUGGAGAUGAGGUGCAACUUCCCUCAGGCCUCCUACUACCUGUACGAGUACAAACACAGGCUGGCCUCGGGCACCGUCUGCGUGUUCGGCUGAGGAGACGCAUCUGUGUGUGUGAG